ACCGAAGAAAAUAGGGCCGAGGCUGUCAUCGAUCACCGGAGAGUUGCGAUUUUCAGAGGGCCUGAAACGAGAUUAUCUUCCACCAUCACCGUCUUCUAAAUCGUUAUGUGAUCGAUGCACCGUGGUUUUCAUUUUCUUCGUCGAUUCGAUCAAUCAAGUAGGAAGAACAGAACGAUUCGAUUUGGAAGUAUCAAAUUUGAGAAUUACUAGGAUUCUUUUGAGUUCAUUCUUUCAAUUGAACUCUUUUUUUGGUCUAGUGUUUUGGUAGGAUCAUUUUGAAGUUAAGAAAUCAGCAGGCACAAUGGGAAGAUAUGAUUUGGACGAAUACGAAGAGUAUGAAGAUGAAGGUGAAUACCAAGAAGAGGAUGUUGGUGAAGAGGAAGAGGAUCACCCGCCUACAAAGGAAGAGUUAGAAUACCUUCACUUGAGGCAAAAGUUAAAGGAAUCUAUUAGAAAGAAGAUGAAGAAGGAUUUAAGUUCUGGGCUCACAAAUUCAAAGGAGAAAAAGAGUAAAAUGCCUUAUGAUAAGUACACAUGCCAAUAGACAAGGAUAGAAAAAUCUAAUCUGUUACAAGGAUAAGAAGCUGGUCACAGGUUGUUCAAGUGAUGAGUGGAGAGGAAGUUGGCUACAUUGGCAGAUGCUGUGGAUUUGUAGGCAAUGGGAGAAGUUGAAUGAGAAGGGAAUGGAAACAUAUGAUGGUGCUAGAGUGAGAUCAGAUGAAGGAGAAGGUUAAGACAGUUGAUAGCUAUAGACCAGAUAACAGGAUGAUGGUGCCUGAGACAUAUGAAGAAAAAAGGGAUGCUGAGGUUACUGAGGUGGUUGGAUUUAGAUUUGUUGACUUGUUGUCUGCUGACUUCAUUUUUAAUUGUUGACUUUGGUUUUGAGUUGCUUUCCAUGAGUCUGCGUAUAAGAUGCUUUGGAUCCUUCUUUGGGCCUUCAAAACCAGUUAUUGCUCAAAGAGUAAUUCAAGAAAGCAAGUCACUUUUAGAGAAUCCACAUUUGGCGGCAAGGGUUUCAAAAGCUAAAAAUGUUCAAAACAAGGGUGGCGCUUCUACUCCAGUGGUAUCCAAGCCCCAGAAACUUGAGCAGCAUCGAGAAGUGAUAAAUUUGGCAAAGCCAAAAGCAAAAAUCCAGAUGCUUAGGGAUACAAGAGAUUACUCAUUUUUAUUAUCUGAAGCCGAUCUUCCAGCUCCUACAAAGAAUCCUCCUAAAAGUUUGCCUGCUACUAAACCUGAGGUGCAUCCAUCUCAAAGAAAACCAAUUAGCAAUAUUGGCAGAGAAGUCAUCAAUGGGGGUGAGGACAGGAAAAUGUUGCCUAAAGUUAGCCAGAUGCGAGUCAAAGCAGGUCCGUCAGGUCAGAAACCCAGCACUGCUUCCAAGUUGAAUUCUACAUCACUGGAGCCUAGGAAACAACUUGGUAGAAAUGAUGGGAGUGGUUCCGCCCGGCCUUCCGCGCCAAAAACAUUACCAUUAAAGGCACCGAUGGUUAGGAAAGAGAAGGUGAUUUCUGCAUCAGUUGCUAAAGGUUCCAUGCCCAGUUUGCACAAGCCACUUCACUCUAAGCCGGCACCAUCUGUUCAUAAAAAACCUGUGGCACAGAAAAGGGAUGAUAGAGAAUCUAGCAAGGGAAACGUCAUAGCUAAGAAGCCUGUCUUAUCCUCUAAGCCUCAGAUAAAGCAACAACCAGCAAAGCUUCCACCUAGUGCACAGCAGAAGGAGCGUCUAAAGAAAAGACCAGUGCGGUCAUAUUCAGAUGAUGAACAUGAUGAUAGAGCCAUUAGUAUGAUUAGAAGCAUGUUUAGAUAUAAUCCCAGCAGAUAUCGUGGUGUUAAUGAUGAUGAUGAUAGCGACAUGGAGGCUGGAUUUGAUGACAUUAUGAUGGAGGAGAAACGCAGUGCAAGAAUUGCUGCCAAAGAAGAUGAAGAAGAGCUUCGGAAGAUUGAAGAAGAAGAAAGGAGGGAACGGAUGAGAAAAGCAGCAAAGAAACGAAAGCUCAACCAACGAUAAAGGAGCAAGAACAACUGAUGAUUCCCGCUGAAGUUGGGAUGUUUGUGAUAGGUUACAUAGGUAUGCAUCCGAAGAUUUAUAGCUGAAAGUCUAGAAUUAAAAUUUUUGACUUCUUCAAAGAGUCGGAAUAAGUAUUAGCAUAAAAUGUAGAGCAGCUUCAUUCUCAAAGGUGUUUUCUGUUGAUUGUUAGUUAUCUUGAUAUAUAUAUACCAACUUCUAUUUUCCGCUUGGUCUUCAUUUUUGUACUUGUGAGGCUGUUAGCUCGAACCACAGCAACGAAUUGAAACAGGUUUGGUUUUGGUUGA